UAUUGAGAGUAAUGUUUUGUUGUUUGUACUGUCACAGAUUCAAUUUGAUGCCCCGAGUCGAUCAUUAACGGCGCGUAACGCGAGAAGUGCGUAUCUGAGCAACAAGCCGAGAACAAUUUGGAUUAAGGGGGGGUGGGGGUGCAUUUACAGAAGUGAAAUGUUUAUCUUGAAGCACCUUAUCUCAGGUGGUUUAAUAUUGCUCUGCUGCAAGGACAUAUUCCGGGUGGGUUUCCGCAUCUGAAACAGAUCAGUGUGGAUUUAUUUCAGGAAAUGACUUCUUCUGGUGUGACAGAAGUCAGAUGGGGGCCCUUAUAUUUCUUUGACCAGGUGAGCCAGCAAGACGAAAACGAAUUAAAGGGGUACGAGGCAGCAUUUUACAUUUAAAUGGCACAAACGAUGAACCGCAAUUCGAAGACAGGAUACUAAGCAAUCUAGAGGAGAAAGAAGGAAGGAAGGAAGAAGGCGAUGAACCUGACAGCUCAUCUUCUUUGAACUUGAAGGAUCCGAUGGAGGCAUACAAGCGAGCAGCCCCCCAGUUAUUAAAUGAAUUGGCUCGCCUGCUUUCGCAACGUAAGUGGUCUGAGGAGAGGCGCAUUCCUCGCGGGAUUGUAAAUAUUCUGAAGUACUCCUGGCACGAGUUGACUGCAGGGGCGCUGCGUUUAAGUCCGAAACUGACUGACAAGCUGCCGAAGUCUGCAGGUUCCCUAAAGGUGCAACAAACUCCCCGCCAGGUGUCAGCCGGUGCCCAGGAGGAAACAGCAGAGACGAACUCGUGUGCUGCAGGAAGUGCUGGUUUCACAGAGGGAAAGCCACAAGUUCAACUAAACCCAAAUGUGAAAAAGAGCGAACAAAGAUCAAGUAGAGGUUGGAUCACUCAGCCUAAUGAUGUGCCUGAACACAUCAGUUCAUGUCAGUUGGUGGUGGAGUGGCUGCAGGGAGCAAACAACCCAGAAAAACUGCCACCACCUGAGCUGGAUGUGAACAAACAGCUCCUCCUCCGUCACUACGGGGAUGGAAAGUCUAAAGUGACACACAGGAGGAGAAAGGACCAAACUGCCACUUUAGUGAACGGGAUGCCCCGGAUACCAGAAGUGAAGCAGCAGGAUCUAGCCCAGCGCAAACUGCACUACAGGAGCAACGAUGGCUCCUCAUUCAUAUACUACCCAUCUGGUUGCAUGGCAGUGUGCCAGAGUCACUCAGGCCUGUCCUGUGGAGGCUUCUAUACCAACGUGUUCAGUGACAACAAGUGUCCCAUCAUACUCGCGACUAUUACGGCAUUUGGGCACGGGGCUGUCACACACCCUCUCAGCUCUGCCAUCACAGCUCUGUGGGACCAGGAUGGUGGAUUCAUAUGCGAUAUUUACGGAAACAAAUCUAAGGCGUGGAGCUGGAAGACACAUCACAGAAAAAAGAUUGCAAUACAGAUUUCUGAUCACGUGUCAGUGAGUCUGUUCAGCGGUACGUCUGCAGCGCUCACCUUCAGAUGUGAAAAUCAAAGUGUCCAGCUUCCACUUUCUUCCCUGUCUAACCUGAAUCAACCAAAGGAAAUACCUUGUUUAAAGACUCGGGGAAAGUUUAUCUCUGAUGCUGCUCAAGACCUCCUGCAGUCGAGGGAGAGAGGGCAUCCUGUCCUGUCACUGACGCAUAAAUCUGUGUGCUCUCGGGAGGCUCUCCAGAUGGUGAGAAAGGGGAAGAGGCAGGAGGAGUCGUCAGCACAGUGGAAAAGAGGAGGUCAUCCGAGCGGGAUACUGAUGAGGCUUCAGCGGAGAGCACAGAAAACCGUGGAAGACUGGUUGGACUAUUAUUGUGUGGCUGUCGGUAUCAAGUGUCCUAAAUCGAAGCGGAUGCCAGAUGCCCCGCCGAGGACCGGGCCGAGAAGAGAGGCACAGUCAGCUGCUCUGCCCUCUCUGAACCCACCUGAACGAGCAGAUGCUAACCCAGUCCAGCCAGAGGAGAGCAGGGAUGAGUUUCACAGGCACCUGUCACCACCAGCAGAAAGAGUUCUGGACUCUCCCGUUGUGCUGCCCAGGACACCUAAAAAACAUGCAAAGAAGGAACGUGGCUUCAUGCUGAUAGGACCCCUUCGAAUUUAUGGGAGCAUCAAACCAGAGUCAGUGAUUCUUCUGAAUGAUCCCAAGUUGCAGACAUCCACUGUCAUUCACCAUCCAGUCGUGGCACCAUUCCCCCCCUCUGUCCCACUCACAGUCUGCCCGGAUCUACUGAGAGCUGCGCUGCUGGGGGAGGAGCAGCGGAGAAGCUGCUGCUGCAGCACUAAACUAAUGCCAGUGGUGACAGACCUGGAGUAUGAUGCCUUCAUUAUGGGCCAGCCUGCACACACUCAACAGAUCCUUGUGGUGUGUGUGACUCUGCCGUGCGAGCCUGUCAACACAAAUGCAAUUCCCAGCCAAGACUCGCUGGAGAAUCUUUACAGGAGGAAGAACAAGUACAGAACCAUGCCGUGCACUCAGUGCCAGAAGGACUCUUUUCGGCUGGUGAGGUAUGAAACAGAAGCAGAGGAUCCCUGCUAUGAAUCCAAGAACACCCUGCUGUGGCAGCGACACAGAGCUGCUCCCGGGAUGGUCCUGGUCAGUAAAUCCACUGCAGACUUGUCCAAAAGCUGCAUGCUAUGCAAAGUGCAUGUCUUCAUGGUUCCCACUGGGUGGCAGCAGCAGCAGCACGAAGCAGAAGUGGUUGUAUUAGUGAAUGGAUGGGCUGGAAAAACAUGUACCCCAUCCAUCCAGUUCUUUCCCAAGAGGUCCAGACGUGUGUUUAAAAGUGUUGCAGGCUGACAAGAAUUACAGAAGGGAGCUCUAAUUUUCAAACCAAAGACAUGAAAACUGCUUCAGUGAUGUUUGCUGCAAGAUUAAAAACCCACCUAUAAAUCAAACAUGAGUAUCUGAAUCAUGGGGACGUGAAAAUACCAUCAGUAAUUAAGUAUUUUUAAGCCAGUAGGGCUUACUCAGAAACUGUGAAAGAGCAGAUGUGUGACUGGGAUGUGAUACCACAGGAUGUGGUGUCACAUUAAGGCUUGUGUGUUUUGAAAUCUAAAGCUUAAAAAAAAAAUCCUCACGAGGAAUAUGACUUUCGUUGUGAAACAUUGGAGUCAGCAGUGCAAUGUAAAACAAAAAAAACCAAACAAAACACUUAAGCUUUUCACGUAUGAGCGGGGGAUAAAAAUAACUGCAGUGUGUGACUGCAGAGGCGUUUUCUUCUGUUUCCACGUAUUUAUUGUAAAUAUUGUUUGCUAAUAUGAUAGAUGUACAUCAGGGGGAAGCUGCUGUUUAUGGGCUACAUAUGCAGCGAUCACAGCUUCUCAGCCGGGGACCUUGAAAAGCAAAUCUCCAGAAGCAGGAGAGACUACAGAUUAGGUUUGAGUC